CAAGGACAACCUCCACAACCAACACCAUGUGUGGCAGCUACUACGGAAACUACUAUGGCACCCGUGGCUAUGGGUGCUGUGGCUAUGGAGGCCUGGGCUGUGGCUAUGGAGGCCUGGGCUGUGGCUAUGGCUCCUGCUGUGGCUGUGGCUUCCGCAGACUGGGCUGUGGCUAUGGCUGUGGCUAUGGCUAUGGCUCCCGCUCCCUCUGUGACUAUGGCUAUGGAUGCAGCUCUGGCUCUCGCUACUAUUAUUGAGGACGCCAUGGGAGACUCUCACCCUCUAUCCUGUGAUACUGAGAUUCACUAAUUCUGAAGCCCAUAUGUUCUGAGAUUUUCCCUUGAGUGAUGAUAUCCUGCAAUGGAAGUCUAAUAUGGUCUGUUGUUGAGCUACCAUCUAACCUACAAAUAUCUUGAAUUUCCAUCAUGAAAUGGGAUAAGGUAAAACUCACCUGUCAGUUCGCCUUUCAUCAGAAUGAUGGUGUCACAGCAUCUGCCUUGAUGACUUUUAUGAUG